GUUUUUUAACAUCUGUGGUACAUUUCAGAGCUGUUCUCCAGCAUGAUGGCUGGGAACUUUUAAAUAUGUCAUGUGAGGAUCUCGCUGCGCUGUGAAUCCAGUAGCUUAUGCCUUCUAGCAGCUUAUAGUUUCUAUGACAGUACCAGCAAGUGCAUGUAUGGACCAUCUUUCCAGUGUAACAUAGCUGUUGGAUGGUUUGAUCCUGCUCGCAGCCUGCUGUGCAUGAACAAACAUACUCGGAGGGUAUCUUCUACACACAAUUUAGGGUUGUUCUCAUUUGCAGCUGGUUUUGUGUCCUGCUCUUUUGAGACUUCAACUGAUACACUUGUGCUAUUCCAUCCAUUCCUUCCUCAGUGCAUCCAUUCAUGACUUUCACAGGGAGAAGGUGCUGAUGGAGCAUGGAAGAGCAAAGGCUGUCUACCUACCUGAGUCCAUUCAGAGUACAAUGAGAUCCAGUAGGGAUUCUUUAUCCUUAUGGGUAUUCUUAGGGACAAAACAUGCAAGGUUUUGAAUCAAGUUGCCUUGAGCAGUGCUAGAACCACCAGCUAUGGCUGUGCCUUUUGUUGUUGUGACCAAGUAAAACUUCGAGAUCUGUAAUGCACAGGGAUUCUGACACCACCUGGUGAUCCUUUCUGACCUCCAGCUCCGUGGUGACAGGUCAUAUGCAAUGCCUCCACUCAAAGCUCUAUCCUCUUUUCCCAAGGAAUUAGUUAACAACAGUGUUGUCAAGUUCUUCGUUGUGCUCUGGGUAACUGGGCUCAGGCUUCACAUAGGGACUUGCCCAAACUGAGUCACAGAUAUGUUUUCUUACCAUGUUUUGAUUCCCUUUUGCAGGACAUUGUGAGUCGGUUUAGCUCCUUGCAACCGAAUGCCAGCAGCAUAGGUGUUUUCACACACAUAUUCGCUUGCCAGGAAAGAAUAAAUAACGAAGGUGUAAGUCCAGUAGCAUGUCCUAUGAAAUGGCUUCAGUAUGUGCAAAAGGCGGUCGUUUGAGCCGGGUUGGUACUACCCUUCAUCUGUUUUCAUUUCCUUCUGUAAGCUUCUGUGUUGCAAGGAGCACCUUGUGAAACAUCCUGGCAGAGAAACUACGACAAUUCCCCCAUCUCCAUGUGCUGUGGGGAACACCCAGGCUACAGCUUUUUCUGCGUACCGGAUUAGAGGCUGUGAAGGUUCUUCACCAGUGUGUGAACUACCCUAGUGCAGUCUUCUGUGCAGGAGGAAGGUCGGAUUUGUGGCCACACUGGUAAUGUGGACUCUUGAGGAAGAGUGAUACCAUGGUAGAGAUAAUGAAUCACCACGGGAGAGUCAGUCCUGGAACUGCAGCCUCAGCAGAAGAGAGACACUGCUCCCGGCUGAACCCCUGGGUCUUCAUUGCUUCUGGCCUUGCCAUCAAAACCGCCAUUGUAACCAUCUGCCUUGUUGUUUUCCUUCAUGGAGACUAUGGCCAGUACAUGACUCUGGUCCAGAACGCUACAGAGUGGCGCUGCAUCCCCAGCAUAUCUGGAGGCACAGAGGAGGGCUGGGCAUGCUGCCCGAAGGGCUGGAAACGCUUCCAAGGAAGCUGCUACUACCUCUCAGGUGAUGCGAUGUCCUGGGCCGAUAGCGAGCAGAACUGCACUGGGAUGGGCUCUCACCUGGCGGUGAUCAACAGCAAAGCAGAGCAGGAUUUCCUCUUCAACUUGGCAAAAGGAGUAUUUUCUAAUGCCUAUGAAACAAAAUACUACAUAGGCUUAACUGCUUACAAAACCGGGCAAUGGCAGUGGGUGGAUCAGACUCCAUACGAUAUGACAACCACGUUCUGGAAACCUGGGGAACCCAAUUUACUCUUUGCAGAAAAAUGUGCUGCAAUUCACGUCAAGGGAAAGAGAGACCCCAACACUUACAGUAACUGGAAUAACGUCCUGUGCUUCACAAGUUGCUAUCGAAUUUGUGAACUGCCAGUCAAAUCUGUCUGAGGAAGGAAACUCCACUUUGGUUGAAGGAGCUGAAGGAGCACCGGUGAGAAAGGGCAGCUCACACAAUACCUGAUGAAAAGCUGGCCUGAGCUCACACAAAUGCUUUGUCUUGCCAUGCAGGGUGAGCAAGGCUGCUACAGAAUCUCAGAUCUGAAGGACAUCAGUUCCCAGCCUGUGCCCCUGCAUCUCUUUCCAAGAUGGAGAUCAGUCCUGGAUGAAAAUGCUCAGGCUGAUGUUAAGGACCUACUGUGCCCCUUUUCACUGUCCUCCUUCACAGAUGAGUGCCCUGAUCCUCCAGUACUUUCCUUGACUCCUUGUCCAGUCAAUGAUGUGGAAAAGGCCCUCUCUGUUCCAUGGAAGGAUACUGGUCCUAAGAGUCACUGGAGCAGAAUUUGAAAGAAGAGCAUGCAGUGGAGCAUCCCUGGCCCACCCCUGAAGGGAUCAGUUAUUCAUGGUUCACUUUUAAUGUUUCCUUCUUCCUUCAGCAGGUUCUGUGUUGAUAAGUUAAAAACCCCAUAGCAGUAAAUGUUAAAUCCGUUCAAUG